UCCAUAAAUCAUAAAAGAGGUCUGAUCCAUAGAGCUGGCCUAUCGCUUUCAUAGUGUCACCCAGCCAACACUGGAUAACAAGCAGCCACAAUGUUCAGCACAAAAAGGUUAAAGAAAAAGUCGCAGUCUGUGGACAUCCCUGAUGAAGGUUAUGCUGGUUCUCUCCUCAAAGACCCGCUGGCAUCACCCCUCCUACCAUCAAUGGCUAGAGCCCCCAUAACUGAAGAGAAGGAGAUUAACACCACUAACAUCCAGAAAGCUCGCACUCCUCGCCGGGGAGAACUCAAACGGGGAUAUACCAUCGACACCGGACAGAAGAAAAACACGCUGAAAGAUGUUCGGCGGAUUUCCUUUCAGAGGCCCAAAGGCACCAUGGAGUACGUGGUGGAGUCACGGGACACUCUCAACAGCAUUGCGCUGAAGUUUGACACCACCCCCAAUGAGCUCGUACAGCUCAAUAAACUCUUCUCUCGUGCUGUGGUUCCUGGCAAGGUGCUGUAUGUUCCUGAUCCAGAAUACAUCUCUAGUGCCGACAGCUCCCCAUCCCUCAGUCCCAUCAGCCCCCUCUCUCUUACCUCUUCUGAGGCCGACCUGGAGAAGGCCACCACGGAUUCAGAUGAUGCCCACAGGAGACAAAACACCCCAGCUUUACGGCCUGCCAGAGUGGUGUCAUCCACCUCAGAGGAGGAAGAGGCGCUUACGGAAAAGUUUCUUAAAAUGAACUGCAAAUACAUUACAGAUGGCAAGGGUAUAGUCAGUGGUGUGUUGCUGGUCACACCAAGCAACAUUAUGUUUGACCCCCAUAAAUCAGACUGUCUGGUUCAGGAGCGAGGGUGUGAGGAGUAUGGCAUCAUGUGCCCUCUGGAGGAGGUGCAGUCGACAGCCAUGUGCAGGGAGAUCACAGACAUCAGGAUCAGAGAGCUUGUGCCGCUAGAUCUGGAGCUGGAGCCGUCUGUGACCGAAGUAAGCCACCUCAAAAGAGCCCCUCGGCUAAACAAUGCGGCACAUCGCAUCCGCGAGACGGGUAACGACAGCGCCAGUACAGCCCCUCGUAGCACAGAAGCCUCACUGUCCGAAGACGUUUUCACAGAGUCUGAACUUUCUCCCGUCCGCGAUGAUGCUGCCGCAACAUCAUCUGACGAACUUCAGCAAAUAAAAUCCUCUGGAGCAUCUUCUGAAUCAGUGCAGACCAUCAACCAGGCCGCCACUGUGAUAGAAGAACCUUCAACAGCUAACAAAAGAGAUUUUAAAAGCGUGACAGAAAAUGCAGGAAUGGAGGGAAGUUGUUUAAAGGAUACUGGUUUUGAGCAGAGUCUAAGUGCAACAGAUUUAUCCAAUGAGAUCUCAGGGAAUGUUCUGGAAAAUGUAGCUGGGGAACAGGCCGUGAACGAGGCCAAAUCACGUACCACCUCUGAAUCUCUUUGUUCGGACACUGUAGCAGCCGAAGAUUCUGUGAAAGAUGAGACGAGCACAGAAGCUCGUACUAUGCAAUCGACCAAUGAAAAGAAAGAAGGAUCGACCAAUGAGAACUUACCUGCUAAUGAGCUUGCAGCAAAUGAGGGACAAAGUAAAGAUGAAGACUCUGUUCUGUUUUCAGGGUCCAAGCGGAAGUCCAAAUCGCAUAAGUUCCUGUGUCUGCGGGUUGGCAGGGCCAUGCGGAAGACCUUUAUUUCCCACGCCAGCGCGUCCAUGCAGCAGUACGCCCAGAGAGACAGGAAACACGAGUACUGGUUCGCCGUUCCUUCUGAGAGGUCAGACCACCUGUAUGCAUUCUUUGUCCAGUGGACCCCUGAUGUGUAUGGUGAAGGAUUGGGAGGAGUGACACGGGAGCCUGGGUUUGUAGUGGUGAAAAAGAACCAGGAGGCUGAAAGUGGGCACCUGGACAAACCAGUGCCUGAUAUCACCUACAAAGACUGGGAGUCUGUUAUUCACUGCAGCGCUGGAGUCUGUGUUCUUGUGUGUUUGUGUGUCCUUCUUUCAGAGUUCUGUCCUCAGAGCUCCUCUAUUACCGAUGAACCAUGUUUAUGAACGUACUAACAUUUGAGUAUAAAUGCAUGAGUUGUUAAUGUCCAUGUAAUGUCUUAUUUGCUCAGUGACUUAUAUUUAUCGUCCAUACGGUUUGUUGAUCAGGUGUGUAAUGUCAUCUUUCAUUUUAAUGUGGUUCUUAUGGUGUUCAGUAAUCACUUCAUAUCAGCAUGUCAUCACCGCUCUUAAAACCACAAAGACUAGCAUAUGUUAGCUAUACUAUUUGACUUCUGUGUGUGAUAUAUAUUCAUAAUAAAAUAUAUAAAACGUGUACUUUAUAUAAUUCUAUUGAUUUGCUUUUAGAGCAAACUUGAUUAGUUUGAGCCAAUAAAAUGAUUUAUUAUCAUUUUUAUACAUAAAAAUACUUUUUUGUUCUUUCUUGUGCAAAUGUUUACAAUUUCUACAAUACUUUUCUGCAUUUUUAAUUAUGACUGUUCUUAAAAUAUUAGUUUAAUGUUUUAUAAAUAUGAAUGUUUAUUUCUAAAGUCUUCCAUAUAGCUUCUUUAGUUUUUACAAUGUAUCUUUCAAACCCUGAACCUCCUCUUGUUUGGGCCGGUCAGAGGGAAGGGUCACAUGAGUUCACGCUCUUCUAUUGGUCAGUGUGGGAUAUAAACAGCGCAAAGCCUGCAGUUCACUUCAAAGCGUGUCGGUAUCGGAUAUAAACGCGCAUGUCCCGCUUCAGAAGUCUCCGCAGAAGUCAUGUUUUUCUCCAGAAGAAUUAAGGAGGGAUUUCAGCUGACGCCCAAAUACAGCUUUGGAUUGGUAAUGAAAACUUGCCCUGUUAUUCUGAUGUUUGCGUGUGUGCGUUGACAGUGCACUCUACGGUGGCCGGUAAUGAUAUGACUUUAACUUUUAAGUUUGUUGUUAUUGUUAAACACGUUAAGAAGACGCACAGCAGCCGAAUGGAUACGAAAUCGCGGGUCUUGAUACCCGUUUUUAAAAGUUCAAACUUUGACAUUUCAAGAAUUUACGUGAACUGGAAAAACGGCGAGACGCGACGCAAAGGGCAACGACGCAUGCAAGAUGCGACGUAAAGGGCGAGACGCGGUUUUACGCAAAAAUGAAUAAAACAAAUGGCGUCCAAAAAUAACCACACACUGAAUAUAAAACGCGCUUCUUGUGAACAUUUGUACUUAAAAUUGUAUCGUAAUUGUGAAUCUUUUAGGUGUCAUUACAGAGUCAAACACAUCAACGUAAGAACAGAUUUUAUCUUUUGAAACUUUGUUUUCUGUUGCUUUGAGAUGUGACGUAUCUCAUCUAGCCUCUGGCAGGUUGUUGAUGUUUACAUGUGUUUUUGAUCUCGUAAAGUGAAUCCUGUUAGAUUCAAUCUUAUUUGCUGUGUGAGAUCUAAACUGAAUGCCUGGUCCUGAUGCAGCAUACAUGGGUCAGGUGGAUCUGAAGUUUAUCUAUGUAUGUGCUUAUUAGUUCUUGUAAAGAAAUUUGCUUUGUGAAAACACUAACAUGACCCUUCGUCACCAAGUGUAUAAGCAGAAGAGGAAUAGGAAGCACACAACUUACUCCAUCUCCUCAGCAUCGCUUUGGAUCUUCGACCUUCCCCUCUUGUUUUAGCUGUUAUCUGUUUGGUCGCCUCACAAUUCUUCUGUCUGUGCAUUAGGUAGUGUCCUGUUACUGAGUACUAUCGACGGAUAGAUGCACUAAACAGUGAGGACCUCCGCUCGCUCUGCAAACGCCUUCAGGUGCCUCAUGCCACGAUGCACACUCAAACCUCACAGGAUGGUUUAGUGGCAUUUCAGUUUUAAAUGGUUUAAAGAUGAUGGGAUAGAAGUGAUUAUUGAUGCAAAUGAAUUAUCACAGUUAUGAGUUGCAUUGUGCCGUUGAUCAAAAAUUCAAUAAAGUUGCAUUUGACUGCAGUGUUUGUUAUGAUUUACUCUUCAGACAGCAUUGAUCACACUCAAAGUCAACAUGAAAGCCGACAACACAUUUUUUAUAUAUUUACAAUACUGUACUUCUGAACGUUUUUCUAUAUUGAUUUACUAUAUUGUUUUGAUUAAUUUUCUUAAAUCUAGAAAAUAGUUCUUGCAAGAUCUUGCGUUCCGUCCUCGCCCAUAUUCAUGGUGUGGUAUCUAAUACUUCAAAGCAGAAGAGGAUAUUGAUCAAAAAUAGUUUGUGAUAGCUGUUUCAUGUUGACUUUAAAGGAAAACUUUAUUCCUUAAAGUGUGAUGAUGUGGUCACACUAACCCUGCAAGCAUUCAAGAUUGUGUAUCUUGACACAAAUAUGUAAAGAUCAAGCAAACAAUAUUCAUACUUCUAUUUUAUUCUAAUACUAGUUAGAGUUUUAUUAAUAUUCUAAAUUAGUUUUUAAAUAUACUUUUGCUCUUAAUUUAGUGUAUCAUUUGUCAUUUUAUUAUAAAAAAAUUAUACUGCCAUUUAAGGUUUAGCUUUUUUAUUUCCAGUUAAUCAUUUUAGUGCUUCGGUUUAUUUCAGUUUAUCGCUAAGGCAGCAUUUCUUUCCAUUCAGUAUACAAUAAAAAAAUCAAAUCUUUUCUUACAUAGUUUUUACUGUAUUAUAUUUGUUUUCAAUUAACAGAAAUGUUUGAAUCGAUAACUAUAUAACCCUUGGUUUAAUGUCUUGGUCCUUGGAUAUUUGCCUUCGUUUGCACCGCUGUAGCCGAACUUCCCUUUUUUCCUUCAAAUUUAACUCUUAUUCUCCUGCUGAGAUGCAGUUAAUGCUGGUCAUUCCUUAACCUCAGGAAUAAUUCUUCCCUUGGAACAUUUCUUUCAAUCAAACCAUGCUUCAUCCAUUCUUCCCUUUUCUAUAUCAGUUUGGGUAAAUACUGAUGUAGAAGCAUACAUUACCAAAUUGAAACGAAGAUGCUUUUGACUUGUAAUGUGUGCAUCAGAGAACAUCACUCCUCAUGUCCUGCUCGUAGUCCAUGUAGAUUUUCUCCUUUGAGCUGAAUUGCUUUUGUUGACCCCAGUGGUGGGCACAAUACCAUCAAAAUUCGGGAACAUUCUCUUAUAUCGAGAGCACUGGUUUUACAGUAUUGUUAAUGUAAUGGUUUGGUUGUGUAAUUGGAUAGUGUUUUAUAUUUGUCAAAUUUCCUAUUCCACAUUUUUAUUAAAAAAAAAAAAACAUGAUCAAUAUGAGUUCUAUUAUAAUACAUACUCUCAAUACAAGAUGAUGAUCGUCAAAUUUUGGAAUCAACAAAUAACACAACUGUGCUCAUGUGUACUUUCCUUUUUUUAUUAAGAUCACAACCAAGGAGGAGGUAAACUCUAAACUUAUG